CAUAGGCGCUGAAGGGGCGUGUCCGCCGCAGAGGGGGCGUGGCCUGUGCCGUGAGGGGACGCUCCAAGAUGGCGGCUCUGGCUGCGCUCUGGGCGCUGCUCUCGGCCCUGGCCGGGCUCGCUCCGGGCCCGGGGCCCGCGGGGGCCGCGCAGCUCCCGCUGCUCGUCUGGAGCACGGAACGGUCCCUGUGGGCGCCCCCAGCCCUCCCUGCGGGCCGGGCUCUGUCGGAGCCGGAGCUGCAGCAGCUGCUGGAGCCGGGGCUGCGCCGGGGCCCGCGAACCGUGCUGCUGUUCCUGCAGGAUCAGUUAUCCGUGGAUGACCUGACUGCGUUCGGGGCCGUGUUCGGGAAUGAGCCCAACGGAGCCUUCACCAAACUGAGGGCUGCCCUGAGCUCGGCAGGCUCCUCCCUGUCCCUGCCCUGGGUCUCAGGCCCCGCAGCUGCAGCGCUGCCGCUCACCCUGCAGAGGGCGCUGGGGGCUCCGGCCCCGCUGAGCCUGCCCGGGGGGGCCCUGGGGGGGCUCCGCAACCGCACCGAGCCCACGGAGAGCGGCCCCGGGGAGCCGGCGGUGCUGCUGGUGGGGCUGCCCCACAGCCGGGGCUCCGGCCUGAUGGGACCCAGAGAGGCUCUGAGCAGGAACGACGCGGUGCUCGGGGAGGUGCUGCAGGUGCUGCAGGAGGAGCAGCUCCCGUACACGGCGCUGUUCACCGGGCACCGCGCAGCGGCCCCCCCCGUGUCCCCCCCGGGUUUUGGGGGUCCCGGCCGUUCCCUGCUGGCUCAGGACGAGGAUUCGGAGGCGCCGCCCCCCCCCCUGCGCUGGCCCCCCCAGGGGGACCCCAAAAUCCUGCUCUGGGCCCGGAACCUGACGGUGACGCUUGGGGGGCGCCCCCGGGACCUGACCCCCCAAACCUUCGGCCCCGAGGCCUCCGUGGAGCUGGGGGGGUCCUCGUGGAGCCCCCACGAGGCUCGGUUGGUUCUGCGCUACCCGGACGUGUUUGGGGAACCCCUGAACAUCACGUUCGUUCUCCGCCGGGCCUGGUUCCCGGUCUCGGGCCGCCCGUGGGCGUGGCUGGACGAGCUGUCAAUCACGCUUGGCCCCGCCCCUCCCGCGCGUUUCCGGUUCCGGGGCGCGGCCGCGCCCUCGCCCCUGGGCUGGCGCUGCGGGGACCUGGGGGGCCCCGGGCCCCUCCUGCUGCCCCUCCCCCCCCCGGAGCGCGGCCACCAAUGGGGGAUCCGGAUCCGCGACCUGCAGGUUCAGGCCUUCAACGUCUCCGGGGGCGUUUUCGGGGGGGCCUCGGACUGCGCUGGGUUCUUUGGGGUGGGGGCGUGGAUGGGGCUGCUCUCGGGGGGGCUCCUGCUGGGGGGGCUCCUGCUGGGGGGGGGGGUCCUGCUGGGGCUGCGCCCCAUGGAUCGAUUCGACGACCCCCGGGGGCCCCCCCUGCCCGUGCCCCUGGGGGAGUGAGGGAACCCCAAAAAUUGUCCCAAAAAUCCCAAAAUUUGUCUCAAAAAUUGGGGGAAAAAGCCUGAAAAAAAUCCUGAAAAAAUCCCGAAAUUUGGGGGGAAAAAUGCAAAUAUUUGGGGGAAAAAUUCCCAAAAAUUUGGAGA